CCUUGUGUUCCCAGUAUAUCAUGGCUUCAUCAUCAAGGCCAAGUCUAUAACAUUUUCAGCUCUCAGUCCUGCUGGCCACCCUAAGCAGUUGGUGUCUAUGAAGCAUCAAGGAGGGAGAGGAGAGAGGGAGAUUGGAGAAGAGACAAGGCAAACAAAGGAGUGUGUGUGGUAUAGUAUGGGAGCAGCUUUGCAGCUCUAGUUCUACACUUGAUCUAAAAAUGUGAUUUACUUUCCUCAUCUUUCAAGACACAAGAUGGUUGUCUUUGGGGCUGCCUCAGUUCCUGCAGGCUUUCUUACUUCAAGGGUUUGAACAGCCAUGCACAGAAGGUGUUUGAGGGCCAGUGGAUGAGCAGCAGCUCGAAUUGGUGAGACUAGCAGAGACCGUGGCUGGACAGGCCUGAAUCUGCUGCUAUAGACCAGGGGAGGCCGGGGGAGGUGUGAAGAUGGCUAAUACCCUUUGAGAAUAUGUCUUAGUUUGAGGUCCAUGGAAAGGAAGGGCUUCAGGUUUCCUCUCUCUUUCUGGCUGGCCCAUGGAGAGCUUGAAGCAUACCUAACCUCCCCAGAGGUCAGACCUCUUGCACCCUGGCCUCCAGCAGGGGGGUUGGUGGAGUCAGUGUCCUGGAAGUGAGGUUCGAGUGAAUCUCUAAUGCAACUUAACAUGCCAAAGCCUAAGGGCAGGCCUGCAGAGAAAUACCCUUUGUGGUAAAGCCUGCAUCCUCCCUCUGGUGCAUGGUUUUUCUCAUGCAGAGGCCAGGGCAUAGGGCAGGAGCAGUGCCCACCUUCCCAAGUCCAAUCUAUUCUCAUGGCCAGAGUGAUGUAUCUGACCCCUCAAUGUCCUGCUCCAUCCCCCUCAGGGGUUUCUUGUGAUAAGCGAACACAACUGAUCAGGACCUCUGGAACCCUGUGGGGCCUUGGCCCCAGACCAGGCCACCUCUGCUCUACCCUUCACCCCUCGCUACAUCUGUAGUGUCACUAACCUCCUUGCUUUUCAUAGACAUCAAGUCCCUUCAACCACAGGGCCAUGCAUCUGCACCUACAGUUCCUUCUCUCUGCCUGGGAUGCCCUGUCUCCAACUGUCUGCAAGGAUGACUUCUUCACCUCUCCAGGCCAUAUGCCCUGUGAGCCUUCCCUCAUCAUCUGUCUAAAACAGCACCCUAGCCCUCUUCCUUUGCUGUACUCUCUGUCCUUAUUCAGGAUGGCCCUCAUCACUACCUGAUGCCAUCCCACAUAGCUACGUAUUUGUUGAUAUUCCUCUGUCUCCUCCAUUUGAAAACAAGUGCUAUGCAGGUCAGGGAGUGGAGUGUGCCCACUGCCAGCCCCUGGGCAGCACCUCCUCAUGGUUGGUGCACACUAAAUGUGAGUAUCUCUUGUAUUUGGUCCCCGCAUGCACAGGGAGAGUUAGAAUAGCAGUGGUUUCCAUGUUUCCAAAUCUAUUUGACAGUUAGUGUGCAGUAGGAUUUCAGAUGUUGAGGGACCCACGUGAAAAUCUGUCUGAAUCUGUUUAGGUCCUGAAUUGGGGUAGUGAGAGUUCAAGUAGGGAGAGUUUGAGAACUUGGAAAGUGAGGAAACUUACAUUUGCCAAGCGAACAAGAAAAAGGGAAGAGAUAGGUAAGGCAGAAGCAUGAAAGCAGAGCUUCUAGGGCCACUGAGUCAGGAGACAUCAGUGAAUGUCACUUCAGUAGCCCAGCUUUCCUGUUGGCGGUUACUGUUAACCAGGUGAUGACAGUGGCACCUGGAUUCAUCACUAGAGGGGAUCUGCUACUCAGACACUUUAUUUUAAAGAAGGAAAGGAAGUACGGAAUACCUCUUUAGAAUGCCUCCCUUCAUUAAAAUACUUCUGCAUUUAGAUGAGUAAUCUGUGUUUGUCUGGAAAAUUCACUUAUCUGGCACUGUGCCUGGUGGUGUUGGAUUUGAGAUGCUGUUGCAAGUGGGAGUGCCCCCUCUUGAGCAGUGUUUGAGUGGGGUUUUCUAAUGAAGCACUGGCUUUCCUACGUAGCUCCUCUUAUUCUGUUUCCUGUCAUUGCAGCAGCCUCACUACUGGGAGAAGUACUGGCUCAAAGGUGAAGUCCAUGAAGUUGCUUGAGGUUCUGAAUGCUCUAGAGGAGGAUGAAUCUGGCCACAGUAGGGAGGAGAUCUUCAUCGCACCGCCCAACAGUGCUGCAGGGAACUUCACUGAUGAGGACUCAGGUGAUGAAGACGGCUGGCGAGGACCCCACCUUCCCGGCAAUGUGCUGCAUGCCUUUGUGGUGCCUGAGGACUCUGGCGCCGGGGAAGAUGAUGACGGCCUGCAGCUGCAGCCAGCCGUGAAGAAGCAGAAGGCAGUGGUGGAACCUCAACGUGUUUGGACCAAAAGAGAUAUCUGCCCGGACUUCAGCCGUUGGACAGCGUCAGAUCCUCAUAUGGAAGAUCUCAAAAGCCAGGAACUGAGUCCUGUAGGCCUCUUUGAAUUGUUUUUUGAUGAAGGAACAAUUAAUUUUAUUGUUAAUGAAACCAAUCGUUAUGCUUGGCAGAAAAAUGUCAACCUGGGUCUCACAGCCCAGGAAUUGAAGUGUGUUUUGGGCAUUUUGAUUUUAAGUGGUUAUAUCUCCUAUCCAAGGAGAAGGAUGUUUUGGGAAACAUCCCCUGAUUCACAUCAUCAUCUUGUGGCUGAUGCAAUUAGAAGGGACAGAUUUGAAUUGAUCUUCUCCUACCUACAUUUUGCAGAUAACAGUGAGCUUGAUGAAAGCGAUAGGUUUGCCAAGGUCAGGCCUCUCAUCGUCCGCAUGAACUACAAUUUCCAGAAGCAUGCACCCUUGGAAGAGUUCUAUAGCUUUGGCGAGUCCAUGUGUGAGUACUUUGGCCAUCGGGGGUCCAAGCAGCUGCCUGCGGGGAGGCCUGUCCGGCUGGGCUACAAGAUCUGGUGUGGGACGACCAGCAGGGGCUAUUUGGUGUGGUUCGAGCCUUCACAGGGCACGCUGUUCACUAAGCCGGACAGGGGCCUGGACCUGGGAGGCAGUAUGGUGGUGAAAUUUGUGGAUGCACUUCAGACUCGUGGCUGUCUGCCAUACCACAUAUUUUUUGACAAGGUUUUUACAAGUGUCAAAUUGAUGUCCAUUUUAAGGAAGAAAGGAGUGAAGGCCACAGGAACCAUUCGUGAGUACAGAACUGAGCGAUGUCCCCUUAAAGAUCCCAAAGAGCUGAAGAAAAUGAAGAGGGGUUCGUUUGAUUACAAAGUUGAUGAGAGUGAGGAGAUCAUUGUGUGCCGCUGGCACGAUAGCAGUGUGGUCAACAUCUGCUCCAACGCUGUGGGCAUAGAGCCAGUGGGGCUGACCAACCACCACUCGGGAGCAGCCAGGACGCAGGCCCAGGUUCAUCAGCCAUCCCUGCUGCGGCUGUACCAGGAGAAGGUGGGGGGUGUCGGCCGCAUGGACCAGAACAUCGCCAAGUACAAGGUGAAGAUCCGGGGCAUGAAGUGGUACUCGAGUUUCAUUGGCUAUGUUAUUGACGCUGCUCUUAACAACGCAUGGCAGCUGCACAGGAUAUGCUGCCACGAUGCCCAGGUGGACCUUCUGGCCUUCCGGAGAUAUGUGGCCUGUGUGUACCUAGAGAGCAACGCCGACACGUCAUCCCAAGGGAGGCGAAGCAGGCGGCUGGAAACCGAGAGCCGCUUUGACAUGAUUGGGCACUGGAUCAUCCACCAGGACAAGAGGACCCGGUGUGCCCUGUGCCACUCGCAGACCAACACCCGCUGUGAGAAGUGCCAGAAGGGCGUCCAUGCCAAGUGCUUCAGGGCAUACCACAUUCGGUAAUGCCUGAUGGGCAUGGGGAGCCCUCUGGAUGCUUGGUUUGUAAUGAGAUGUUUACAGCUAAGUACAUAUAGCAUUUGGGGCACUUGUGUGUUGUGUUGACAAAAAGAGUCCUGAAUCCCUGAUUUGGUUUUGUAUUUGUCCCCGUCUUCAUUACAGUUAUCUUUUUAUUAUCUUCUAUUAUGCCUACAUAUUAAACAAAUUAAUAUUUAUGUUAGUAAUCAUAAAUGUUUGUAAAGAUAUGUUUUAUACUGUUAUUUAUGUCAACUUAUGGAUCCCUUUUUAUUCAAAUAAAAAUCUUACUUUGGGGUAUAGCUGUCCUGCUAAGGACAAUUGAAUGUAACCAAAAACGUUAGAGAAACUUUUGUGAACAGUAAAAAGAUUUUAUAGUGUAUGCUGUCAGUUAUAAUCUAAGAUAUAGGCAGUAUUGUUUCAAUAUGAUGAAGGAUACCUUAAUUAUAUUUAUUUCAUUUUAAUUUAAUGCUCGCAAACUGUCCAGGGGUAGAUAAUCUGCCAUGUAUUUUUCCA